AUGGAGGCCACAUGUAUGCAGCUCUCCAUCGAGGCGAUUGAGUACUACCAGGCCACGCUGAAGAUCACAGAGGAGCUCAAGGACGAAGUCGGGGAGGGCCGGGCUGUGGGCAACCUGGGCAAUGCGUUUACGGCAAUUGGCGAUUUCGAAAAGGCGAUCCACUACCACCGCCGCCGCCUCGACAUUGCAAACAAAGCAAACGACCUCGCUGCGAAAGCGCGCGCGUGCGGUAAUCUCGGCAACGCGUUUUCUGCGCUUGGCGAAUACACAGAGGCAAUCAGGUACUAUCAGCAGAGCCUCCACGUUGCAAAAGAGGAUGGAAACCAGGCAGCCCAAGCACAGGCGCACUUCUGUCUUGGGACGACGUUUAUGCAGCAGAAAAACUACAUGAAGGCGCUCGAGCACCACAAGAAGCACUUGGAGCUCGCCGAGGCCCUCAAAGACAGACAGAACCAAUAUCGUGCGUGGCACAAUCUGCGCAACGUGUACCGGGCAAUGGGGAACGUGCAAAAGACAAGCGAAUUCCACGACAAAAUUCAAGCAGAGAAGCAGCGCCGUGGAGAGCCGCUUCGUGUACGUGGCCGUACGUCUGGCCAGCAGGCACCUGCAUCACACGACCAGGGUGCUGGGUUGAAGAAGGAGAAGGACAAGAAGAAGAAGAAGAAGGGCCUGUUCAAGAAAGGCGGCGGAGGCAAGACGGGCGAAGUGGAGCAGUUUACGAUUGACGACAGCGACGACGAUGAUGAUGAUGUUGUCACCUCUCGCGUUGCCGCCCGCUCGUCGAAGAGCGCAGCGAAGAAAGGCAACCUCGCUGACCAGUGGCUGGACAACUCAAUCAAGCAGACGCAACAAGCCAAGCACCAGCACCCGCACCCGCACGAGCGUGAGGCAGCAUCUGUUGCCAAGCCACAGCCCGACAUUGAGGACAACAUGCCCAUGGACCUCUUUGACAUGCUGGCGGAUGCAAACCACCGCAACAUGGAAGACCAGCGGGCUGCGCCGCCGGGUGCUGGCGACCUCCCGUCAACUGUUGGCGGGAACGACUUUGGCGAGCAGGAGGACUUUUUCGACCUCGUCGUCGGCAUGCAGAGCAAACGGAUCGACGACCAGCGGUCUGCGCCUGCCGGUGAGGUGGAGAGGAAUGUGGACCCGCAGGCAAAGCAAGUGGCCAAGGGAAACACGUCCGACAAGCUUAAGAAGGAGCUGGAUCCAGACAGCAUGUCCUUCUUUGAGAUGCUUGCCAUUGCAAAGAAGGCGCCAAAGUGAAUGAAUGAUUUUUGGUCCUGGUGCGCCCCCCUCUCCUCACCACGCCUGCGCUUCCUCUUUUUCCUUUCCUCUCUUUUCUUCUCUUCUCUCUCUCUCUCUCACACACACACUAACUCUCACUCUCUCACUCUCACUCUCACACACUCUCUCUUGCUUCCCCCCUUUCCUGCUUUGUUUUGUACUUGAGCCCAUUGAUGCACAUGCUUCGUGCACUGCUUUUCGCUUGGCCUGCACUGCCUGUGGUGUGGUUCACGCUGCUUGCGGUUUCCGUCAAGUUUCGCAUAUUGCCUGACUGCUGCUUGUCGCUGUUUCACCUCUUUGUGUGUGCUGUUGGUAGUCGUCGUUGUUGCUUGUCUGUUGCUCCUGUGAUUGAGACUGUGUGCAGCUGCGUGCGGGGUUUCUGUUGGUGUGAUGUUGUAACGGCGUUGCUUGCGGUUGUUUGAAAACGAGCCAGUACACUCGCAAACACAA